CAAUAACGGUCAGUCGGUCGGUAGGUUGGUUGGUUGGUGAAAGUAAAAUGUUUGGAACUCUAAAAUGGAUUUUGGUUUUGUUACUUUUGCGGGUCUCCGUUGCGUGGACGACUAGCAUUGACCCUUUUGGUGACAUCAAUCAACGAUAUAAACAACAGCUGCUCCGCUAUGCAAAAUCGGCUGAAAUGCGAAAUUAUAUGGACGAGGAUGUGGAUCCCUGCAGUGAUUUCCAUCAGUUCGCCUGUGGCCACUACAAACGACUUAAUCCCCCAAAUUACUAUCCAUAUGUAAACAAUCCAUUCGAGAGCAUAUCCAAUGCCUUGAGCCGCAAAAUAUCGGUGGUGCUGAGAGAUAAAACUUCGGUGGACACCUUGGCCGAAAUGAAAGUGAAGAAUUUUCAUGAAUCAUGCAUGAAUGUGGGCAUACUUAAGAAUACCUAUCCUGAGAAAUUAAGAGAAAUUGUAGAAGAAUUUGGAAAAAUGCCCGCUCUGGAGGAUGAUGAAAUAUGGUUGACAUAUGAAUUCGAUUGGUUGAAGACCAUAGCGGAAAUUGCCCGUAAAUAUGAUAUUCGAAUAAUUUUGGGUUUCGAGGUAAAGGUUGAUACUGCCAACAGCCGUAUACAUCGUUUACAUUUGGCCAUGCAGGAUUUGCCGUUGGGUUCGAAAUUGAUAUACACCCAGGAGCAUCAUGAGGUCUAUAGAAAAAUGCGCCAGGAUAAUAUUGCCGAGUUGCUUAGGUCCCUAUUGGGCUUGGAUGAAAAUUCCAGCGAAAAAAUUGCCCAUGAAAUAUUUGACUUUGAAAGUGUGCUUGCAAUGGCUCGAACUGACACAAAUAGUAGGACAUUUUUUACCAAAAGUUUAAGAACCGUUGAUGAUGUCCACAAUAAAUACUUUCCGCAUUUUGAUGUUAAACGGAUGUUGACAAUAUUGCUGGGCUACAUACCUACUGCGAAAAUUUAUGACCUCAACUCUUUUGAGACGGAGAGAAUUAUCGCAGCCAUACAAACUACCCCCAAGCGAGUUGUGGCCAAUUACAUAUUCUUCAAUCUGUUGGAACAUUUCAUAGUGAUGAAACCCAAAAUGUCCGAUGAAUUGGAACAUUUAUGCCUCAUGCGUACAAAGAAAUAUUUUAGCAAUAUCAUGGAUGACAUGGUCUAUCGGAAAUAUAUCACACCACAAAUGGAGCAGGAUGUUCAGCAAAUGUGGCACACCAUAAAGGCAAGUUUCCAACGCUCUUUAGACUCUGUCAAACUGAGCUGGAUGAGACCACUGACCCGGCACAUGGCCAAACUGAAAUUGGAUGCCAUGAAACUGGAAAUCAAUUCCCACAAAGAAGAUAAUUUCGAUUUGGAAUUCCAAAACAUAACCUUGAACAAACAUGAUUUGGUUGCGAAUCUAAAGGAAAUUUGCACCUGGAAAGCCCAGCAAACAAGAACGAGGUUAGGAGAAAAACCUCGGCCCCACAACGAAGCGGUUAUGUCCUUUUCGCCAGUCUAUAUUUUACACGAAAAUCUCAUCAAGGUGCCCGUGGCUAUGCUGCAGCCCUACUACUUGUGGUCCGAUUCCUAUCCCAAUGCCUUGAAAUUUGCCACGCUGGGUUUCUUCAUAUCCCACGAGCUGAUACAUGCCUUCGAUGAAGAGGGCCGGCUGUUCGAUGCCAACGGCAAUAAUCGUCAAUGGUGGGAUUUCUAUACCCAAGAGUAUUUCAUUAAAGGCACCCAAUGCUUUCGCAGCCAAUAUCAGGAAUAUAUCUACGAUGGUCGUCAUCUCUCGGAAAAUCUAUCACAAUCGGAAAAUAUUGCCGACAAUGGUGGCAUACAGUUGGCCUUUGAUGCCUACUCCGAUUGGUAUCAUCGUUCCCGCUUAAACAUCGAAUUGGAAAUGCUGCCACGUCUAAAUUACACGGGUAAACAAUUGUUUUUCAUUGCUUACGCCCAGCUGUGGUGCAGCUCCACCCAUCCGAUGCUUAGGAAUUUUGUCACAACCAUGGAUGAACAUGUGCCCGAUAGAUUUCGUGUCAUUGGGCCGCUAUCGAAUUUUCUAGAAUUUUCUAAGGAAUUUUCCUGCGAUCUGGACACUCCAAUGAAUCCAUUAGAAAAGUGUGUUAUUUAUUAGGUUAUUAGUGUAGUGCGAAUGAUUAUAAUUUAUUUCUGAAUAGAAUGGAAAAAGAAAAUA